CGGAUGACGUCGUGGAUUCCACGUUGGCCCGGACGUGGCACUCGGCAGUGUCCUAUAACCGGAUCAGUGUAAAACUAUCACACGUCGGUGUUGCUGUGGUCGUCAUCUGUGCUUCUUCCAUACAAUAUAUUCCGACAUCAUCGAGCAGUUAUGGGGCUCACCAUCUCGUCGCUCUUCGAUCGGAUUUUUGGCAAAAAACAAAUGAGGAUUUUGAUGGUUGGGCUGGAUGCUGCCGGAAAGACAACUAUCUUGUACAAAUUGAAGCUUGGUGAAAUCGUGACCACCAUCCCAACCAUUGGUUUCAAUGUGGAGACAGUAGAAUAUAAAAAUAUCAGCUUCACUGUGUGGGAUGUGGGUGGCCAGGACAAGAUCAGACCCCUCUGGAGACAUUACUUCCAGAACACACAGGGCCUCAUCUUUGUGGUGGACAGCAAUGACAGAGAAAGAGUGGCAGAAUCUUCAGAGGAGCUCACAAAGAUGUUGAAUGAGGAUGAGUUGAAAGACGCUGUCUUGCUGGUGUUUGCGAACAAACAGGACCUUCCCAAUGCCUUAUCGGUCAGCGAGCUCACAGACAAACUUGGCCUACAGUCCCUCCGCCACAAAACUUGGCACAUUGAGUCAACCUGCGCUACCCAGGGCACUGGGCUGUAUGAGGGACUUGACUGGCUAUCCAAAGAGUUGUCCAAGUAAAGAAGGAUCGGCCUCUCGGAGAGAGAAAGAGGCUGAACACCACAGGACAGGAAUGAAGGCACAGACAUUCAAUCCAGAAACAUUUGGUCUUCCAGAACCAAUGUUCCCAAAAAGGAAAAGGCUGGUGGACAAUAUAUAAUCAUCUUUGGGAAAUUUUAAUAUCACAUUUUUUUUUCCUUUUCUUAUCAAUUUAAUUACCAUAUUAUCGCUUUAUGUUCUGUUUUUCUCCUUCUGUUCCCCAACUCUGACAUGGCAACAAUUUGUAAUUUCACAUGAGCAAAUGGCCAUUUAGGGAAAUUUUAUGGAAACAAUAAAUGGAGUAAUGGAA